UCGCAAAUUUCAACUUAACUAAACGAAAUCGAAUUAUAUAUAACCCCCUCAACUCCCACUGCCAUCCCACCACCACCAUGUCCACCGUGCUGGAGCGCUGCACCAUCCAGCCGCCGCCGCACACACCGGAGCUAACCCUCCCCCUCCUCCACUUCGACAUCACCUGGCUCUACUUCCACCCCGUCCACCGCCUCCUCUUCUUCAACCACCCUUGCUCCAAAUCCCAUUUCCUCCAAUCCAUUCUCCCCCAAAUCAAACACUCCCUAUCCCAAACCCUAUUCCACUUCCCCCCUCUCACCGGCAAAAUCACCCUCCCCCUCACCUCCGACUCCGAUCCCCCCUUCGCCCGCUUCUCUCCCGGCGACUCCGUCUCCCUCACCGUCGCCGAAUCCGACCUCGACUUCUCCCACCUCACCGCCAACCACCCCCGCAACGCCGACGACUUCCACGCCUGCGUCCCCCACCUCCCGCCGCCGCUGCAAUCCUCCGACGACGUCGUUUUCUCCGUUCUAGCUCUCCAAAUCACACUUUUUCCCGAUCAAGGCAUUUGCCUAGGCUUCACCAACCACCACGCCAUCGGCGACGCCAGCUCCGUCGUCCAAUUCAUCAAAGCAUGGGCCGCCGCCACCAAAAACUCCGCCCAAAUCGAGAAUACCUCGCUGCUGCCGUCCUUCGAUAGAUCCGCCGUGGCCGAUCCCGCCGGCCUCGAUUCACACUACUGGAAUUUGAUGAAAAAAUCACGCGCAGUCGAGUCGCCGCCGGUCACGUUCCCUCUAAAUAAACACCGGGCAACCUUUACCCUCACCGCCGACGACAUCCGCCGCCUGAAAAUCCACGUGCAAGGCCGUCGGCCGGAGAUCCGGCCGACGACGUUCGUCGCCGCCUGCGCCUUCGUGUGGAGCUGCCUGGCGGCAGCGGAGGCGGCGCCGCCGCCGGCCGACGAGGCGGAGUAUUUCUGCUUCGCGGCGGACUGCCGGGGGAGGCUGCGGGCGGCGCUGCCGGCGGGGUACUUCGGGAACUGCCUGGCGUUCGUGAAGGCGGAGGCGGGGAGCGGGGAGCUGAGGGGGGAGGGAGGGGUGGCGGCGGCGGCGGAGAGCAUCGCCGGAGCGAUAGAGAGGAGGGUGUACAACGAGAAGGGGAUUCUGGAGGGGGCGGAGGAGUGGCCGAGGGAGUUCGGGGAAUUGAUCGGGAAGAGGCUGUUCGGGGUGGCGGGGUCGCCCAAGUUCGAUCUGUAUGAAGUGGACUACGGGUGGGGGCGGCCGAACAAGUUCGAGUCGCCGUCGAUCGACAGCGACACGUCGAUGUCGCUUUGUAAGUCGAGGGAUUUUCAAGGAGGAUUGGAGAUUGGAUUGUCCAGACCUCGCCAAUUCUUGGAUGCAUUUGCCGCCGUUUUUCAGCAAUCACUCAACAAUUUAUAGGAUUUUUUUCAAUUUUCGAUCAAUGUCAUUUCUUUCUCGUUGCAUGUGAUUUUAUCAUUUUAGUAUGUGGACAUCGAUUUGCUUAGUUUCUUAA